AUGGCGCGGGCGCUGCAGUCGCUGUUUCGUUGGGGCCACUACCUCCGGGCUCCUCUGCGGGUGUCAGCUUUGGUGGCCGGCCCAAGAGGAAGACCAGCCCGUUCUUUUUGGAGGACUACAGUCCAGCUAGAGAGUUCCUGUGGAAAGCUAGCCACAGCCAGUAUCCCCGUGGCACGGACAUACAGCACCCAGGCUGCAGAGAACAAGGAGGAGGAAGCCCUGCACUCUAUCAUCAACAGCACAGAGACCAUGCAGGGUGCCACUUCCAAGCAUGAGUUCCAGGCUGAGACCAAAAAGCUUCUGGACAUUGUUGCCCGCUCCUUGUAUUCUGAAAAAGAGGUGUUCAUCCGGGAGCUCAUCUCUAAUAGCAGUGAUGCUCUCGAGAAACUGCGUCACCAGCUGGUGCGUGAUGGCCAGGCACUGCCAGAGAUGGAGAUCCACCUGCAGACUGACUCUGAGAAGGGCACCAUCAUCAUCCAGGACACUGGCAUCGGGAUGACACAGGAGGAGUUGGUGUCUAACCUGGGAACAAUAGCUAGGUCUGGAUCAAAGGCCUUCCUGGAUGCCCUGGAGAACCAAGCUGAGGCCAGUAGCAAGAUCAUCGGGCAGUUUGGUGUGGGCUUCUACUCUGCCUUCAUGGUGGCCAACAAGGUGGAGGUAUUCUCACGGUCGGCAGCCCCGGGGAGUCCUGGCUACCAGUGGCUUUCAGAUGGCUCUGGAGUGUUUGAAGUUGCUGAGGCGGCUGGAGUCCAACCUGGGACCAAAAUAAUUAUCCACCUGAAGUCUGACUGCAGAGAGUUUGCCAGUGAGGCCCGGGUUCGAGAUGUGGUAACCAAGUACAGUAACUUUGUCAGCUUCCCCUUAUACCUCAAUGGAAGGCGCAUGAACACACUACAGGCCAUCUGGAUGAUGGAAGCCAAGGAUGUAGACACAGAACAGCAUGAAGAGUUUUACAGAUACAUUGCCCAAGCCUCCGACAGGCCUCGCUACACACUGCACUAUAGGACUGAUGUACCCCUCAACAUCUGCAGCAUCUUCUAUGUCCCAGAGAUGAAGCCGUCCAUGUUCGAUGUGAGUCGAGAGCUGGGCUCCAGUGUCGCCCUCUACAGCCGCAAAGUCCUCAUCCAGACCAAGGCUGCUGAUAUUCUGCCCAAAUGGCUACGGUUCAUUCGUGGUGUGGUGGACAGUGAAGACAUCCCUCUGAACCUGAGCCGGGAGCUCCUUCAGGAGAGUGCCCUCAUCAGAAAACUCCGAGAUGUCCUGCAGCAGAGGCUGAUAAAGUUCUUUGUGGACCAAAGUAAAAAGGACCCAGAGAAGUAUGCCAAGUUUUUUGAAGACUAUGGCUUGUUCAUGAGGGAGGGCAUUGUAACCACCACUGACCAGGAAGUCAAGGAGGACAUAGCAAAGCUGUUGCGUUAUGAGUCAUCAGCCCUGCCUGCUGGGCAGCUGACCAGCCUGGUGGACUAUGGGAGUCGCAUGCAAGCUGGCUCCCGCAACAUCUACUACCUGUGCGCACCCAGCCGCCUCUUGGCUGAGCAUUCACCCUACUACGAAGCCAUGAAGCAGAAAAACAUGGAGGUUCUCUUCUGCUACGAGCAAUUUGAUGAGCUCACCUUGCUCCACCUUCAGGAGUUUGACAAGAAGAAGCUCAUCUCUGUGGAGACUGACAUUGUUGUUGAUCACUACAAGGAGGAGAAGUUUGAGGACACAGCCCCAGCUACUGAGCGCCUAUCAGAGAAGGAGGCCGAGGACCUGAUGGCUUGGAUAAGAAACGUGCUGGGGUCUCGAGUCACCAACGUGAAGGUGACCUUCCGUCUGGACACCCACCCAGCUAUGAUCACUGUGUUGGAGAUGGGUGCCGCCCGGCACUUCCUGCGCAUGCAGCAGCUGGCCAAGACCCACGAGGAGCGUGCUCAGAUCCUGCAGCCAACCCUGGAGAUCAACCCACGGCACGCACUGAUCAAGAAGCUCAGCCAACUAAGAGAGCGAGAACCCGAGCUGGCCCAGCUGCUGGUGGACCAGAUCUAUGAGAAUGCUAUGAUUACAGCAGGGCUGGUGGAUGAUCCCCGGCCCAUGGUGGGUCGCCUCACUCAGCUGCUGACUAGAGCCCUGGAGAAGCACUGA